AUGGGCCAAGGACAAUCACAGCAAGCGGAAGCACCCAUGUCGGAGUGGGACUCCAGCAUUAGUCCCGAAGAGCGUGCGCAGGCACAAGCCGAUGUGGGUAUCGGUUUAAUCUCUUUUUGUACCUUUCUGACGAGAUGGAAGCUGCGCGCAAAGCAGCAAGCAGCCCUAGACAAGCGCAUCGCAUCCAAGAAUAAGAAAGCUUCGACGACAGCAGGUACCGUUGGGCAGAUAGCGAAGGAGCCGAAGAUGUCAAAACAUGCGCUCGAAAAGGGCGAGGCGCCGGUAACCAUAGAUUUGGUAUUCCAUGUCGAGUCGGAGCUGGAGUCAAGGUCGGAACGAGAGCUCACACCAGAAGAGCAGGCACAAGCCCAGAUGGACCUACGUGCAAAGCAACAGGCAGCGCUGGACAAGCGUUUUGCUGCUCAGCAAAAGAAGGGCACGGCAACAGGGAUGAUUAACGCGCAGGCCAAGAAGAAGCCGACGGUGCUUGAGCAGGCAAGCAAGGAGAAUGUUGGUUAUAGGAAUAUGGAUGCGCAGGUGGAGUUCAGAUCAUGGAACUGA